CCGCGGGCGGGGGAGAGGGAGGAGGGAUGACAACAAACAUGGCGGAGAGGAGCAAGACGGCAGAGACGGGUAGUGACAUAGGAAUAGAUGAUGUUAUCACAGGAAAUUUAACCAAAUAUGCUGCUGUUCCACCUGCUUACCUUGGACAGCCAAAAAAGGGACAUCUCGUAUUUGAUGCCUGCUUUGAAAGUGGUAACCUCGGGCGUGUUGAUCAUAUUACUGAAUUUGAAUAUGAUCUCUUCAUCAGACCUGACACAUGUAAUCAACGUUUUCGAGUCUGGUUCAACUUCACAGUUGAAAAUGUGAAAGAAUCUCAGAGAGUCAUUUUCAACAUUGUCAACUUUAGUAAAACCAAAAGCUUGUAUCGGGAUGGAAUGGCUCCAAUGGUAAAAUCCACAAGCAGGCCUAAAUGGCAAAGGUUGCCAUCCAAAAAUGUAUACUAUUAUCGUUGCCCUGAUCACAGAAAAAACUAUGUGAUGUCAUUUGCUUUCUGCUUUGAUCGAGAAGAUGACAUAUACCAGUUCGCUUAUUGUUAUCCAUAUACUUACACCCGACUUCAGCAUUAUCUAGAUAACUUACAGAAGAGAAACAUGGACUACUGCCGCAGAGAACUUCUGGGACUUAGUGUGCAACAGCGUCAACUUGACCUCUUGACUAUAACCAACCCUGAAGAUAAGACUGACCUUGAAAACAGAGUGAUGCAGAAGAAAAUUAAAAUCCCCAAACUCUCUCUCAAUCACCUAGAAGAAACAGGGGAGAUAACGGAUUAUGGGGAUGAAGAUAUGGAACUUAGACACUGUAAGAGACAUGAUGGGAGGAAACAAAAUGAAGGCACGCACAAAAGCAUCGAAGCAGUUGUUGCACGCCUUGAGAAACAAAAUGGAAUGAGUCUCAGUAGCAAUUCUAGUCCUGAGGCAACAUUUUUUGAACCUUCAGAAAGGAUGAACAAUAUGGACGAUGCGGUAGUUCCUCGAGUUCUUUAUGAAGAAUUACUGAGAAGCUAUCAGCAACAGCAGGAAGAAAUGAGACACAUUCAGCAAGAACUUGAAAGAACAAGAAGACAGCUUGUUCAGCAAGCGAAAAAGCUAAAAGAAUAUGGGACAUUAGUGUCAGAAAUGAAGGAGCUCAGAGACUUGAACAGGCGGCUACAAGAUGUACUGCUUCUCAGACUAGGCAGUGGCCCAGCCCUAGAACUUGAAAAAGUAACACCAGAAUCCAUUGAGCCUGAGUCUGAAGUACAGACCACUUUCAGUGAAGAAGCAAACACAUCAACAUACUAUCCAGCUGCUGUUCCAGUAAUGGACAAAUAUAUUCUUGAGAAUGGAAAGGUUCAUCUUGGCAGUGGCAUCUGGGUAGAUGAGGAGAAGUGGCACCAGCUGCAAGUAACACAAGGAGAUUCAAAGUAUACAAAAAACUUAGCCGUUAUGAUCUGGGGAACCGAUGUUCUCAAAAACAGAAGCGUUACAGGAGUUGCAACCAAAAAAAAGAAAGAUGCUGUUCCCAAACCACCGUUGUCACCUCACAAAUUAAGUAUUGUCAGGGAAUGUUUAUAUGACAGGAUAGCACAAGAAACUGUGGAUGAGGCUGAAAUUGCACAGAGACUCUCCAAAGUCAACAAGUACAUUUGUGAAAAAAUCAUGGAUAUCAAUAAAUCGUGUAAAAACGAAGAAAGGCGAGAAGCAAAGUAUAAUUUGCAAUAAAUUUUGAAUUUUUAAUAAAGUGUUAGUAAAAA